AUGAAGGACCUUUUUAAUACACAACAUCAGCAGUAUAUGAAAAUUUUUCUGCAGCAUAAUGUUCCUUCUGUGACUGCUAUAGAUCUAUUUGGAUAUCAGGACCAGAUCAUUUCCACUGAGAAAAUGCCUCCAUUUCUGGCUUUCAUCAACUACAAUGGCAAGUGGCAAAGUGAUAAAGAUUAUACAGGGUACAAAGCUCACGGAAUUAUGCUUGAAGAUGACUAUACAUUCAAGCAAUUGCUAGAAGUCAUCGCAGAAACGAUACAACUGGAAACACCGUUCGAUAAAUUUAUUUUGAAAUACCAAGUUAGCGACACGUACCCGCGAAUAGCCAUCACUGAUGACCUAAGUUUCAAUUUUUAUAAAGAAUUGAAAAAACGAGAAACCGAA